AUGGCUUGGUAUGCCAAGCUCAGCUUAGUGUUAGAAGCCACUGGAUUUCGCAGUAACAAUGAAGGCUCUUCAUUAUUUGUGAGAAAUGGCAAGUCAAGGAGACUAGUGGUUCUUAUCUAUGUUGAUGAUUUAAUCAUCACUGGUGAUUGCUCGGAUGAAAUUACUGCUUUGAAGUGUGCUUUGCAUAAGAAGUUUGCAAUCAAAGAUCUAGGGAGGCUGAAAUAUUUCUUAGGUAUAGAAAUGGUUUAUUCUCAGAAAGGUCUUUUCUUAAACCAGAGAAAGUAUAUUGUUGACUUGUUGAAGGAUGCUGAGAUGUUGGAUUGCAAGCCAACAAAUUCUCCUAUUUCAAGUAAGUUCAAACUUGUUGAUGAUGCUAAUAAUGUUCUUGAUGAUAUCAGUUAUUAUCAAAGAUUGGGUUGGAAAUGUUCUUGUAGAAAAAAUACUACAGGUUAUUGUGUGUUUGUUGGUGGAAACAUGGUUUCUUGGAAAAGCAAGAAACAAAUUGUUGUAACUCGUUCAAGUGUUGAGGCUGAGUAUAGACCAUGGCUUCAGCCUCCUUGUUCUUCAAAGGGAUUUGCUGCAUCUUCAGCUGUAGAAGAAGUCCUACGCAAAACUAAGCCAUCCAGAAUGAUUUCAGGCCUUCUCAGUUUCAUAGCCCAUGCAAUUACAGUGUUUUUAAUCCCAUGUAUUACCCGUAUCGAUCUUCUCGGUAAAGAUAUUCCGGUGGUUGCCCUAUCGUCUGUGGUGUAUCUGGUAAUGGAUCCUCUGUUUUUAUAUGCUCCUCUUAUCAACGGCGCCACCAAGUGUCUCGUGUUGGACAACAAGGUGAAGAUAGCUGCUCUUGUUCUUCGAUCAUGGGGAGAUAUUCGUUACUUGCUCAAUAUAUUUAAUAUAUAUGAUAACAUUAAGCAUCGCCAGUGGCGGUGGAAGUCCCCUAACAAGAAAAUGCUGGAGCUAGCUGGUGAAAUGUUGGCUGUUCUUCCUAUUCCACAAGUUGCAAUUUUAGUUUUUCUUCCAAACAUGAGGGGCUCAAACUCUUUGAAGAUAAUGAAAUUUCUCAACUUCCUUAUUCUAUUGCAAUAUCUACCUCGAGUUUACCCUCUCUAUCUCUUGUGCAAGAACUGGAAUACGUGGAACAUUGGCGGUAAGGGAUUGAAGCUUCCAAAUUGGUCUUUGAUCGUCGUCAAUAUGUACGGGUACCUCAUUGCCAGCCAUAUUCUCGGAGCCUUUUGGUACUUUUUCUCCAUCCAACGACAAAUAGGGUGUUGGGAACAUGCUUGCAGAAGUCAAAAUGGAUGUGAAUUUAGUACUUCAUGUGUUCAAAAUGCACACAAAAAUUUCACACUUUUGGAGAACUUGUGCCCUAUAAAUCCCCCAGAUAAAAGAGUUUUCGAUUUUGGCAUAUUUCAAGGUGCCUUACAAUCCAGCAUGCAAGGAUCAACAAAUUUCUUUCAGAGAUGGUUGCUGUGUUCUUCUUGGGGCAUACGAAAUCUAAGCUCUUAUGCUUCAAACCUCACUGAGGCGAGUGCAUAUGGAUGGGAAAACUUGUUUGUGAUUCUCAUUUCGAUAAGCGGCUUGGUGCUGUUUAUGUAUCUCUUGGGGUUUGUGCAGGAAUUUAUGAAGAAAGUUGACAAAUUAGAGACUAUCGCACAGACAAUGGAAAUCAAUGAUCGAAAAAUACCAGACAUAUUAUCGGAAUAUGGCUUGUCAUCUACAUGGAGGAGGCAUUUCAGGCUAGCGGUGAAAGGAAAACUUAGAGAAGAUGAAACUUACAUUGUGGAGAAUAUGUUUUCAAUUCUUUCCUUGACACAAUUAAGACCAUCUGCUCCGAAAAUCAAGCGCAGUCUGUUUUUGGAUAAGCUUAAGAAAAUUGAUGGGCUUCAAGACAAGGGAGAUGAAGUGUUGACAAAAAUAUGCAAGCAGCUUGAGCCGGCGAUCUACAGAGAGGACAGUUAUAUUAUCCGAGAGGGAGAACCUCUUGCUAUGAUGUUCUUUGUCACACGGGGCAAUGUACUAACUUAUGCGACUAACAAUGGUGGAUCAAAUGGUUCUUCGAGGACUAUCCAAAUUGAGAAAGAUAAUGGUUUGUAUGGAGAAGAGCUUCUCACUUGGGCAGAACGGCCUUCUUGCAAAUUCUCCAACUUACCAAUCUCUGACUUAACUGUCAAGUGCCACAAUAAACUGAACGAAGUAGUUGAAAUAUUUGCUCUCCACGCCACCGAUUUACAGCUUAUUGUCUCUAAAUUUCCAGGUCAAUUCAACAUGGACAGGACUCUCACCAUAGCUGUAGAUAAUGGAAAUGUGAAUUAA